UCCAGCAAGCAUCCGCGCGCGCUCCGCCACCGUCCACCGGCCUCCGACUUCUCGUAUAUUUACCACGCCGAGAAGCCAAGCAGGUCAAGCCAAACACACACAUCUGUGAUCUGUCUCUCUCUCUGGCGACCUCCGCUCUCGUACGUACACCAUCCUCCUCAUCGAUUCUUGCCGCGGUGCGAUCGAAAUGGACGCGCCGGACGUGAUCCCGGCGUGGUCGCUGGUCCGCGGCUACUUCUCACCGGCCACGCUCUUCCUCCUGCUCAACGUGGUCAUCGGCACCAUCGCGCUCACCUCCCGCCGCCGCCACAACCACCACCACGACGACGACCACCACCACCGGCAGCAUCAAAAGGACUACGUCGAUCAGUACGAAGCUGCCCCGCCAGCUCCCGCCCCGCUCGCGCGCACGUCGUCCGUCAUGGAGCGCCUGCGCUCCCUCGGCCUCUACCGCUUCCGCUCCGGCGACUUCCCUCCCGAGUACAACUACAGCCUCUCCGCCGGCGACGACGACGAGAGCGGCAAGCAGCACCAGCAGCAGGCUCAGUACGCCCGGAGCCGGUCUGAGCCGGCUGCCGCGAAGCCGCCGACGAACAGGACGGGCAACGGGGCGGAGAAGGCGGCCAAGGCGAAGGUGGCGAAGAAGCCGCUCUCGGAGGUGAAGAGGCUGGAGCGCGCCCCGGCGCCGGCGCCUGCGCGGCUGGUGCAGCGCGCGCCGAGGGCUCCCGUGGCUCGCGCGGUGGUGACGGCGGCUCCCGAGGCCGCCGUGCCGGCUGCGUGCGUGGACGAGAGGGCGGACGACUUCAUCAACAAGUUCCGGCAGCAGCUCCAGCUCCAGAGGAUCAACUCGCUGCUCAACUACAAGGAGAUGCUCAACCGCGGCACGUAGCAGGUGCAGAACCAGCGCGGCGUUUGAUUAGUUAGCGGUCUUGCUGCUGUUUGUUCAUUUGAUUGGUGUGCUGUUGCGCCGUGUACCAGUUGUUGCAGAUGAUAAUUUGGAUCCCUGCAAACAUUACACAAGAA